UUUGUUUUGCUGUGGCGGUCGUGUUUCCUUUAUCAUUGAGCUCAUUAAUCGAUCAGUUUGUGGUUUCUCCACGUGCAACCCCACGUUUAUUUCUGGGUCCAGGUAUCUGUGCCAAAUAUAAAAAUCUCGACAGAAAAGCUAGAUUUCUGUUUUCUAGAAAUCAACAAAAAUGGGGAAGGAGAAGCCACACAUUAAUCUUGUCAUCAUUGGCCAUGUCGAUUCUGGCAAAUCCACCACUACAGGGCACCUAAUUUAUAAAUGUGGUGGGAUUGAGCAGCGGGCGAUCGAAAAACUAGAACAAGCAGCAGUUCAGAUUGGAAAAGGAUCCUUUAAAUACGCCUGGGUUUUGGAUAAACUGAAAGCUGAACGGGAAAGAGGCAUCACAAUAGACAUUUCACUCUGGAAAUUUCAUACCCAGAGAUUCUACUUCACCAUCAUCGAUGCUCCCGGCCAUCGUGAUUUCAUCAAAAACAUGUUGACUGGAACGUCCCAGGCUGAUGUCGCUCUCCUCGUUGUCUCGGCCGCCCCAGGCGAGCUCGAAGCUGGGAUUUCGAGGUCGGGUCAGACUCGGGAACAUGCCCUCCUCGCUUUCACCCUCGGAGUGAAACAACUCCUCGUCUGCGUCAAUAAGAUGGAUGUAACUCAACCGCCGUACAGCCAGAGAAGGUUCGAGGAAGUGGUGAAGAACGUGAGCUUUUAUAUUCGCAAGAUCGGGUACAAUGUGGCGAGUGUGCCCUUCGUGCCGGUUUGUGGCUGGAACGGGGAGAAUAUGCUAAGCCCCAGUUCCAAGAUGCCUUGGUUCAGAGGAUGGAAAAUAAAACGGAAAGAAGGACAUGCGAAUGGCCAGACCCUGCUGGAAGUACUCGACUCGAUCCUUCCUCCUGGACGCUCUUUAAACAAACCCCUGCGUUUGCCUCUGCAGGAUGUCUACAAAAUUGGAGGCAUUGGCACUGUUCCUGUUGGAAGGAUAGAAACUGGAGUCCUGAAGCCUGGUAAUGUGCUGACAUUUGCUCCAGUAAACUUGACAGCAGAAGUGAAAUCAAUUGAGAUGCAUCACGAACCUGUUGCUGAAGCUUUCCCUGGCUUCAAUGUUGGUUUCAACAUUAAAAAUGUAUCUGUGAAGGCUAUUCAUCGUGGUAAUGUGGCUGGGAAUUGCAGAAAUGAUCCACCAACUCAGACCAACCACUUCACUGCACAAAUAAUUGUCCUGAAUCAUCCAGGCUAUAUCAAAGUUGGUUAUUCUCCAGUGGUAGACUGCCAUACUGCACAUGUUACCUGCAGGCUUUCCGAGUUUAAAGAAAGGCUUGAUAGACGUUCUGGGCAGAAGCUGGAAGAUAAUCCUGUGGUCUUGAAAUCUGGAGAUGCUGCCACAGUGGAAUUUAUCCCAAUUAAACCACUUUGUGUUGAAACAUUCUUUGAAUAUCCACCUCUUGGUGAGUACUGUACACUAAAUUUCAUUUCAAGAUUUGUCUCUUGCUUUGCAAAAACACUAAUUUUGUACCCAGCUUAAUGAUCUUUUGGAUUU